AUGUGCUCCAGGGCCUUUAUCCGUCACUACAGAAGUUCAGCGGGCGCUUGUACCCCAUCGGGGAGGCAUGCACAGUUGUUCCGGGGUGUUGCUGCAACUGAAGCGAUCCAGCAGCACCGUAAGAACCUGAUUGAGUGGUUUAGCCGGCUGCCCCGGGAGGAACGCCAGUUCGGGCCUACGUUCGCUCUGGACACAGUCCAUGUGGACCCAGUGAUCCGCGAGAACGCCCCAGAUGAGCUGCUUCGCCCACCUGUGGAACUGACCUUGGAUCAGCAGCCCCCUUGUCCCAGCCUCCCCCCAGUGGCUCUGCCCCAACUAUUCGACCCCGAUGCUUGUGGACGUCGCGUGCAGACCGUGGUGCUGUACGGGACGGUGGGCACCGGCAAGAGCACGCUGGUGCGCAAGAUGGUCCUGGACUGGUGUUAUGGGCGCCUGCCUGCCUUUGAGCUGCUCAUCCCCUUCUCCUGUGAGGACCUGUCAUCUCUGGGGCGUGCCCCAGCCUCUCUGUGCCACCUGGUGGCCCAGCGCUACACGCCCCUCAAAGAGAUCCUACCACUCCUCUCUUCGGCUGGCUCCCGCCUGCUUUUUGUGCUUCAUGGCUUGGAGCGGCUUAAUCUUGACUUUCGGCUGGCUGGCACCGGGCUUUGUAGCGACCCCAAGGAACCCAUGGCACCCACGGCCAUUAUCGUCAACCUGUUGCGCAAAUACAUGUUGCCAGAGGCCAGCAUCCUGGUGACCACCCGGCCCUCUGCCAUCGCCUGCAUCCCCAGCAAGUACGUAGGCCGCUACGGGGAGAUCUGUGGCUUCUCUGACACCAACCUGCAGAAACUUUACUUCCAGCUGCGCCUCAACCAGCCCGACUGUGGCUAUAGUGCAGGGGGCACGGGGGUCUCUCUGACACCGGCACAUUGCGAAAAUCUGGUGCAGAUGCUGUCAAGGAACCUGGAGAGCCACCACCAGAUCGCAGCCGCCUGCUUCUUGCCCUCCUACUGCUGGCUGGUGUGUGCCACCUUGCACUUCCUGCAUGCACCCACGCCGGUAGGCCAGACGCUUACAGGCAUCUAUACCAGCUUCCUGCGCCUCAACUUUAGUGGGGAGAUGCUAGACAGCACCGACUCCCCCAAGAUGUCCCUGAUGGCUUACGCGGCCCGGACCAUGGGAAAGCUGGCCUACGAGGGAGUGUCCUCCCGGAAGACCUACUUCUCCGAGGAGGACGUGCGUGGCUGCCUGGAGGCGGGCAUCCGGACAGAGGAGGAGUUCCAGCUGCUGCAUGUCUUCCGUCGGGAUGCCCUGAGGUUCUUCCUCACCCCCAGUGUGGAGCCGGGGCACAAGGGCACCUUUGUUUUCACUGUGCCCUCCAUGCAGGAGUACCUGGCCGCCCUCUACAUCGUCCUGGGCUUGCGAAAGACAACGCUGCAGCGUGUAGGCAAGGAGGUGGCUGAGUUGACGGGCCGCGUCGGGGAGGAAGUCAGCCUGGUUCUGGGUAUUGUGGCCAAGCUGCUGCCCCUACGGAUCCUGCCGCUGAUCUUCAACCUGCUCAAGGUGGUCCCCACAGUGUUCGGGCGCGUGGUGGGGAAGAGCCGGGAGGCGGUGGCCCAGGCCAUGGUGCUGGAGAUGUUCCGAGAGGAGGAUUACUACAACGACGAUGUCCUGGACCAGAUGGAUGCCAGCAUCCUGGGUGUGGAGGGCCCUCGGCGCCACCCCGACGAGCCCCCUGAUGAUGAGGUCUUCGAGCUCUUCCCCAUGUUCAUGGGGGGGCUUCUUUCGGCCCCCAACCGGGCGGUGCUGGCUCAGCUCGGUUGCCCCAUCAAGCAUCAGGAGGCUCUGGAGAAUGCUCAGGCCAUCAAGAAGCGACUGGGCAAGCUGGGCCGCCAGGUGCUGCCCCCAUCAGAGCUCCUAGACCACCUCUUCUUCCAUUAUGAGUUCCAGAACCAGCGCUUCUCUGCCGAGGUGCUGGGCUCCCUGCGCCAGCUCAACCUGGCCGGCGUGCGCAUGACACCCCUCAAGUGCACCGUGGUGUCCACUGUCCUGGGUAGUGGGAAGCACACUCUGGAUGAGGUGAACUUGGCCUCCUGCCAGCUCGACCCCGCUGGGCUGCGCACUCUCACGCCUGUCCUCCUGCGCUCCCGAAAACUGGGCUUGCAACUCAACAGCCUGGGCCCCGAGGCUUGCAGGGACCUCCAGGACCUGUUGCUACAUGACCAAUGUCAGAUCACCUCCCUGAGGCUGUCCAACAACCCACUGACAGCGGCCGGCGUGUCCAUGCUGCUAGAGGGACUGGCAGGAAAUAGCUCACUCACUCACCUCUCCCUGCUGCACACGGGCCUGGGCGACGAGGGCCUGGAACUGUUGGCUGCCCAGCUGCACCGGAACCAUGGACUCCAGGAGCUAAACGUGGCCUACAAUGGCGCCGGUGACAAGGCGGCUCUGGCCUUGGCCCAGGCUGCACGCAAACACCCAACCCUGGAGCUGCUUCAUCUCUACUUCAACGAGCUGAGCUCCGAGGGUCGCCAGGUCCUUCGGGAUCUGGCAGCCAACCCCGAAGGUGGGGCCCGAGUGGUGGUGUCGCUGACCGAGGGGACAGCCGUGUCCGAGUAUUGGUCAAUGAUCCUCAGCGAAAUCCAGCGGAACCUCAACAGCUGGGAUCGGGGCCGGGUGCAGCGGCACCUGGAGCUGCUGCUGCAGGACCUGGAGGACAGCCGGGGUGCCACGCUGAACCCCUGGCGCAAAGCCCAGCUGUUGCGCGUGGAGGGCGAGUUCAAGGCUCUGCUGGAGCAGUUGGGAGGCUCUGGAAGCUGAGUCUCAGGCCA